AUGCCUCUCUUCAUUCCUCUCUUUGUUCAGCUCACGCCCCAGUCCCAAUCAUUCAAUUUUAACAAUCCUGUCUUGGUGGAAGUUCAGGUUCCGUCCGAAGCUCGGGUUCCGUUCCAUGAUUACCGUCAAGUCUCUGAGGACAUCGGCGGCUUGUCAACUUUGCCAUACCCCCUUCCUGGGUCAAGCAUUCAGAACCCGAUCGAUGUCGAAGCUCUCAGUGACACGGAGGCCAGCGCCAGUGUUUAUUCCCAUGAUUUGCACCGUCCCGGUGACAGUAUCGUGGGCGGGCCAGAGAACCCGAUUGAGAUCGAUGCGGUCUCUGUGGGGACGAGUGAUGCGACUGAGCUCAUUGCCAGCUUACCAGCAAGCCCAGCCCGGACUGAUCUUGCACCGGACGGUCGGACCCUGGAAGCAUACUAUGAGUGCAAAAUAUGUUAUAGUAAGGUCGUCGAUCUGGCACUUGGCUGUGGCCACACUUACUGCUACGAUUGCUUUAACUAUUCUUCCACAACUCUGUCCUCGCGAAAGCGAGAGGAAGCCAAGAAUUGGCGCACGAGUAUCUGA